AUGGAUAUGGACUGGGCCGAACUCGCUCGGCCCAGAAAGCGAACUUGGUUUGUGGGCCUCGGAGUUUUUCCUUCUAACUACCGAUUUCAGAUAUAUUGUGGAGACUUGUGGCUUUGGACUUUUCACUCAGGCCUUUGGCAUUGUUUCCGUUCCCCCAUAAGAAGAUUCAUCCAGUUGGUGGAGGAGAAAAAGAAGAGAGCUUUAGAAAAGAAAGAAGCUCCUUUGAAAUGGGAGCAGAAGCUGGAAGCUGCUGCGAAGGCUAAGGCUGAUGCUGAAGCCAAGGAGAGAAAGUCCAAGGCUGCAAAACAUAAAAGAAGAUCUGUUUCUGAAUCUAGUUCUGAAAGUGAUAGUGAUAGGAGCGUUGAAGGAAGAAAGAUAAGGAAAAGAUCUCACAAGAAGCAUAGAAAGCAUGCCCAUGCUGAUUCAGGGGACAAUGACAGGAAGAAAGACAGGAGAUCAAAGAGAAAGCCGAAGAGACGAAACUCAAGCUCAAGUGGAGAUAGCAGUGAAGAGUCUGAAAGUGACUCUGAAGAAGAGCAGAGAAGGAGGAAGGCAAACCACAGAACACACAGGCACUAUGAUUCAAGGUCAGUAUCUAGUGCUUCUGAUGCUUUGAGUGAUGAUGGCGAGAGAGUGAAAAGAAGUCAUGUGAAGCAUCACAAACGCCACCACCAUUCAGAAUCUAGUGAUUCAGAUUCAUCAAGUGAUGAAGACCAUGUUAGAAGCAGAAAGAAAAAUCACACAAGACAUUACAAACGCCAUCGACGGUCAGAGUCUAGUGAUUCAGAUUCUUCAACCAAAGAGGAUAAUGUAAUCAGAAGGAAAAGCCAUCGGAAACACCAUAAACGCCACCUACAUUCACAGAGUGAAGAUUCAAAGUCUGAUUCUGAUGGGCACAGGAAUAUUCGAAGAAGCCAAUCGCUGGGAAAGUCAUCCGAUGACAACCUGGAAGAAGAGGGUAAAAAAUCCAGGCAUAAGAAGAAUGGUCAUUAUCGACAUCAUCACAAACAUAAGCAUCAUAAUGUGGAGAAAACUCAUUCUACUGAAGAUACCAAAGCACCCGAUGGGAAGGAUCAUGCAGAGAUAGGAGACAAGCAUGAUCGGGAGCAACAAUGAUCUGGAGUGUCCUUAGUGAUCUGGGUUUAUCAUUCAGCGGACUGUGGAUGGUUGGUUUAGAUUGUUUUAGCAACUGAGUAGCUUAAGACUUCAAUCUGAAUUUGUAAUCUGCACUCUACUUGUUACUGAUUAUUUGGCUCGUUUGGAAUUUUGGAUCAGAAAUAUUUCUCUGUUUGCAUA